AUGAGUGAUAGGGAUACUGGUUGCAUCAACCAAGUGUUCCACAAUCACUUGUUGGUCAACAUCAUCUUUGAACAUGUGAUCGAUAUACACAAGAGAUGGAUGAGUCUGCCAAAGUCAUCAAACAGAUCAUCAGAGUCUGACAACAACAACAACAACAACGACAACAACGACAACAAUGACAACAACGACAUACCUCUGAUCAAAUCAACAAUCAAAGGUCGACAACUUCACAAUAUGAGUCUUGAUGAUAUGUUGCGAUACAACGCCACUCAGAUGUUCAUCAAGACAUUCGACAGCAUCGCCGCUAUCUACCCAAUAGAGUGCAGCACUCUGUUGUCCUCCGCAACCACCUAUAACAACACAACAGUAUACAAUUAUUUGGUCAAUCGCUAUAGUAGAAAGAAUAAUAUUAAUAUUGGUUUAGUUGAUUGGCGCAUGAUCUUCCAAAAAAGCAACAUGUAUCUGGUGCGGACCCUCUUCCCUGACGCAACAAAGUUCGGUUCUUAUCAUGUAUUGAGCAAAAUUACCCAUGCUGUUGACUCUGGCAACGUGGAGUUUGUUCGAUUUCUACUCAAACAUACAUAUGAUCAAGGCAAUAGGAAGCAGAUCUAUGGCAACAAACUGCGCAGACCUGGAGUCCGAGUUGACAUGCUACGAAUGCUGCACAAGGAGUUCAAUUGUCUUUAUAAAUUUAGCUCCCUCUGGGAGACUGCGCUCAUACACUCAGCCAAGUGCAACAUGUUCGAAAGUGUUCAAUACAUCAUUAACAACAUGCCACUCCAUCUGGAAGUGACCACUGGCAUGCUCGUCAAGUGUCUUAAACAAUGUGCCAAGUCUGGCAACAUCGACAUGUUCGAAACAUUCAUCAAGUUACCCGAUGUCACCAUGUUCCUUCUCAACCAGAUCAGUAGUGAUAUCAAGAGGAUCAUUGAGGGGGCGGUUGAUCAUGGCCAGGAAUCAUUCAUCAAUCAUCUCCACCAACAUUAUGUUGGCAACAACCGAAUCAACCAGAGUUGCGAGAGUAUGAUCCGCAACCUCUUGGUGAUGCCACCACCUGGCGAACCAACGCACACCGCCAGACUUCGAAUCAAAUCAUUGUCUUCGGUCAUUCUCAAAGAUGACCUCGCAUCAAUCGACUUGUGCAUUGAUCAGACGAUAAAUCUCAAACUCAAGAUGUGUCGAACGAUGUCCAAAUCAAUUGCCAGGUACAUCUCAAGUCCUCGGACUCGAAUUAAUGGGUUGUGCUUUGGUGGCAAAUCAAUACUCUUCAUGUGUCAGGCCGUUGGAGAACGUGGCAGCAAUAUAACAGCGGACAUGGUAUUCCAGUUCAUUGUCAAUGGCGAUCAUCAAUCACCAGAGGAUCUCGAGACAGCCAUGGAGUUGGCCAGCGGCUACUCUGCUGCCGUGAUGAAACAACUCCACACUCACUUCAACAUUGAGUACAACAAUUCAAAGUGUCUAAAGAAGGCCAUGUCGUUCAGAUGUUUCGAGACCAUUUCAUUGAUCCUCAAUCACCCUGGAGACAAGAGUUAUCUUGCGAAGCAUAGAAAUGCCAUCAAGGUUGAGGCAUUCAUGUUUGUUUCCAAAGCACAAUUGUUCGAGGUGAUAUUCAUCUUGGAUCGCCUCGACUUUGUUCGAGGUGAUGUUGAACUGUGCGAGUGGGCCGCAUACAGUCCUCACGUGGAUGUGUUUGAACAUGUGAUCAAUCUGUUCACUCGUGAGCAACUCAAUGACAAGGUGUUCGUCGGUAUCAUUAACCAAGCACUCCUGAAUGACAGAGUGGACAAUGUUCUCAUGCUUCAACAACGCUUUGAUCACGACCCAACCAAGCCACUGAUCAGGCCAUCACUGGACAUGCUGAAUAAGAUGGCUGAGAGGAAUUGCUAUCUUACGUUGGAGCACUACUUCAACUCAACGACAUUCAUCGAUCAGUUCAAACUACUAAUACAACGACUGCGAAUACUCUACUCAGUACUCAAAGUUGGUUACAAAUAUUCCACUCAUCGAGUGAUCAACUUGUGCAAUGAUCAGAUAAAGGCAAACACCAUCCAUCAAGAACAACAACCAUCACAAAUAUAUGAAUGGAACUAUCCCAAAAUGAACUAA